AUGGUUGCUUAUCCAGAAAUGCGAGCCAAACGUUAUCGUUGGGACGAAGAAUCACCGGUACUGUUGCUACCGGCCUAUAUGGCGCAGAAAUACUCAUCAGUUGGACACUUUGAGGAUGUGGGAGAAAGACGAUGUCCAUAUUUGGCUGGACCAUCAGCGGAGCAUUUGAACUUGUUAUAAACGUAAAUUGUGUGAAGGACAUAUAUCUGAAUGUUACUGAUGCACACGCAAUAGCCGGUGAUGUUCCCGUAAUUUCUUAGCAUAAUGAUUUGCUCUAUGCACUUUUGGAGUUGCUGCGAUAUAAUAUACUAUCAUGCAUUAUUACGUUAAUCGUUUUUACUUAACCAACGUAAUUUUACCCGAAACAUGUGUGCGUUUCACGUAAUCAUUAUUUUUUCUACAAAUGUUGUUACUAUGCGUAAUUUAGUCUCUUUCAAAACCAAAAAUUGCAUCCGUAAUUUAUACACAUAUAUGUAUGCCUUUUGGAUUCGUUUAGUUGUAGCUUAAAGGGCCUCACCAACUACAUUUGAAUCGCAUUUUUACGGCUUGGAGGUGCGCCUCGCCAAAAGUUGCGAAAAUCCCGCGAAAAAAAUUAAUACAAAAAAUAAUUGAGAAUUUUUUCUUGUUCGAGCUCGAACAAGAAGAAUUGAAGUUUGUUCAUGUUCCAAGGCUGGGAACAAGGCUGUUUGGUCGUGCGGAUCCUCCCAACACCCAUUCCGAUGUUCUUGGGGAAAGGCUGAUGUAAGUUUUUUUGAUUUCGGCUUGGUUCUUCACAUUUAGGUAGGAUUAAACGAACUUGUGCAAUAUUUCUCCUGUUCUUUCGAAAAAAGCACGAGCGCAAUGUUGAGGAGCAGGUAUUAGACUCAAGGUUUCUCUGAAGUCCAUUUCUUGCCUUGUUCGAGCUGUUUUUAUCCAUUCAGAGGUAUUUUAUAUUGUUUUAGUUGGUCUUUUAAUUUCAGAGUUGUUCAAGUCCGCAACGAUCCAUGAAAAAGAGUUCUCUUCAUCUUGGAAUCAAGAUUCGAUUUAGGCACAUCAUCUGCGUAUAAGGUAAUGUGUUUUUUUUACUUGUUUGCUUAAAAUUUAGGUACGUAAUUUCUCUGCUUCUAUGCGUUUAGUUUUAGACUGGGACUUGUGUUCGUGAGUCUCAAUGGUUACGGAGACGAAAACGUGUCGUACACCAUCAAAUUGGCCAAAACCUGCAUGAGUAAUAUGUUUUAUUGA